AAGCAUAACCACGAUCUGUCAAACCAGUAAAUAAACAUAUUACGAGUACAAUAACACAAUUUCUCUUUUUAUUAUUACAAUUUUUACGAUUAUUUACUGAAGGCGUAGCAGUUUCGGGUGAAAGUCCAUAAAUUCGCAGUAUUAUUUCCGCCUGUGACACAAUCGUAACGUUAAGAACCAUGGAGAACAUUUACAAAAAGCAGAAAACAUGCUUGCAAGUGGCCACCAACGUUAUUAAACAGGACCAUAUAGUCACUAGGGCCAAAAGGGGCCAGAUUCUGGGGCACCUGAGGGGCUUCAGGGGCUGCACUGUAUGGUUUACUGGCCUCUCUGGUGCUGGUAAGACAGCCAUCUCCUUUGAACUCGAGGCCUACCUAGUCUCCCAUGGUAUCCCAGCCUAUGGUCUCGAUGGGGACAACAUGAGACAUGGCCUAAAUAAAGAUCUCGGCUUCUCUAAGAAAGACAGAGAGGAAAACAUCCGUAGAGUAGCCGAGGUGGCCAAACUAUUCGCUGACGCUGGCCAAAUGUGCUUGUGCAGCUUCGUGUCACCUUUCGCCGAAGACCGUGAUGUUGCCAGACGGAUUCAUGCGGAAAAUGACUUGCCCUUCUUCGAGGUGUUCGUAGAUACACCCCUGGAGGAAUGUGAAAAGAGAGACCCCAAGGGGCUGUACAAGAAAGCGAGACAGGGGCUGAUUAAGGGGCUCACCGGGGUGGAUCAGCCUUAUGAGACCCCAAACAACCCUGAGCUUGUAGUGAAAACUAUCGAGCACACCCCUAAUGGGAUUAAAGAAUAUACAGUGGCAGAAUGCACUGAGAUGGUUAUCGAGAUGUUGAGGGAGAAUGGAAUUAUUCCACAUAUGCAAGAGGCGAGUGAUAAUGUGCCCGAGUUGUUUGUGCCCCAGUAUAGACUAGGGGCUGCCGAAGAGGAGGCUUUAAGCUUACCCAAACUGGAAAUAAAUACUUUGGAUUUGCAGUGGUUACAGGUCCUAAGCGAGGGUUGGGCGUAUCCCCUAAAAGGCUUUAUGAGGGAGCAGGAAUUUUUGCAGACGAUACAUUUCAACUGUCUGUUCCAAGACGGCAACCCGGUCAACCAAAGUGUGCCGAUCGUGUUGCCGCUCAGUACACUGGACAAGGACAGAUUGCAAGACAGUUCGGCCCUGGCUUUAUAUUAUAAACAAAACUGUUACGCCAUCUUGCGAAAACCGGAAUUUUAUUGGCACCGGAAGGAAGAGCGGGCCGCCAGGCAGUUCGGUACGACAAACAAAGAUCACCCCUACAUAAAAAUGAUCAUAGAGGGCGGCGAUUGGUUGGUGGGGGGCGAGUUAGAGGUAUUGAAGCGCGUACAAUGGGGCGACGGUCUUGACGAGUUCAGGUUGACCCCGAACGAGCUUCGUAAAAAAUUCAAACAAAUGGGGGCGGACGUGGUGUUCGCUUUUCAGCUUCGCAACCCCAUCCAUAACGGCCACGCACUCUUAAUGAACGACACGAAACGUCAAUUGCAAGAGAGAGGCUACAACAAGCCGGUACUUCUGUUGCACCCACUGGGAGGUUGGACUAAGGACGACGACGUACCCUUACCGGUGAGGAUACACCAGCACAUGGCCGUCAUGGAGGACGGAUUAAUCGAUAGGGAAACGACCGUUUUGGCGAUAUUUCCCAGCCCUAUGAUGUACGCCGGCCCUACUGAGGUUCAAUGGCACGCAAAGGCUAGGAUGAACGCUGGGGCGAACUUCUACAUCGUGGGGCGAGACCCCGCGGGGUUACCGCACCCCCUGGGGAAAGAGGCUAGCCCGGACGGGAACCUCUAUGAUGUCACCCACGGCGGAAGGGUACUAAAGAUGGCCCCCGGACUCACCAACUUGGAAAUCAUCCCUUUUAGGGUGGCCGCCUACGAUUUGCGACACAAGAAAAUGAGCUUUUUCGAUCAGGGACGUAAGGGGGACUUCGAAUUUAUUUCCGGGACGAAGAUGCGUACUUUGGCACGUAACGGGGAGGAACCCCCCGAAGGGUUCAUGUCACCGAAGGCCUGGGAGGUCCUGAGCGGGUACUAUCAGGGUUUGAGCGGGAAAAAUUAUUGAAUUUUUUGGUGUGGGGAGGGUGUAAGGGCUCGAAAGGGUGACUUUUUUCCCGCGCAUUUGCUUGUCAGUAUUUCAUUUUUUUUACAUAUAUGUACUCACUUUUUAUGUAUUUUUGUUAUUUGUUGUUUCAUUCCACGUGUAACCAAUAAUAUUAAGUUUUAAGAGUUGUAUAUUAUGAUUGUUAUAAUAUAUGAAAAUUAUUUAUAUGCCAA